GGCGCUUUCCGAAUAACAAGGCGUAUCAGCACAGCCUGAUUGGGCUGUCCAACAAAUCAGUCGCCUAACAUCUCUUUUCUCCUCAUAUUUACCUCUCAUUCAUUUCUAGCAUGAACCCGCCGCACCAUUUAUGAAGCAAUUGCACCUCGACAAUCGAUAUUGAGUUGUAACCUACGCUAUGUCGGGAUUUGAGAUUCUUGGUGCCAUUGCGAGUUCUAUCGCUCUGGCACAAGCGGUCAAAGGGACAGUCAAAGCCAUAGACUUUCUACGACAAGCCUCAGAGAUGAAAAAAGAGUGUACUAGAUUGAUGAACGAAGCAAGUGUACUGGACGAACCUAGUUAUGACUUGGCUAAGAAUGACAGAUACUCAUAAUUGACUACUUCAUCAUGCAGGCGAGACAACAGACAGAUCUGAUGAUGCCAGCACAACGACUACUCGGAUCUGCAGAAUACCCGCUAGUCACCUUAGCGACACAAGAGCUAGAGG